AUGGGAAAAGAUUAUUAUAAGAUUCUUGAAGUUGACAAGAAUGCAGAUGACGAGACACUUAAAAAGGCGUACAAGAAGCUAGCUUUAAAAUGGCAUCCGGAUAGACACAAAAAUGACAGUGAUAAAGAAAUAGCUGAAAAAAAGUUUAAAGAAAUAAGUGAAGCAUUUGAAGUAUUAAGCGAUAAAGAUAAACGUCAAAUAUAUGAUGUAUACGGUGAAGAGGGCCUAACGGGAGGCGUUCCUCCGCAAGGAGAUGGUGGUUUCCCAGGAUUUGGUGGGUUCCCUGGUGGUGGUUCAAACGUCAAGUUUACAUUUACCUCAAAUGCCCCCGGUGGCGGCUUUAGAGGUUUUACUCCAUCUAAUCCGAAUGACAUAUUUGGUGAAUUCAUGAAGCAAUUUGGAGGAGGUAUUCCAACUGAUGAUGAUGAUCUUUUUGGUGGUGGAUUUCGUCAAGGAUCGUUUGGGAAGGGUGCUAGAAGACCAGGAAUGUUUCAGGAUCCUUUCGGUACACGCACAUCCAAUGAAGCUAAUGCUGAAGUCGUAAGAACAAUUGCUCUCUCUCUCGAAGAUUUAUAUAAAGGUGUCACGAAGAAGAUGAAAAUUACUCGAAAAUUAUAUGAUGGUGCGACUAGUAAACAAGUUACUGCCGAUAAAGUUAUCGAACUUCAAGUGCGUCCCGGGAUGAAGGCUGGCUCAAAGUUUCGCUUUGGAAAUGCCGGCGAUGAACUGCCAAAUGGACAAUCGCAAGAUGUUGUAUUUGUCCUCGAGGAAAAACCACAUUCAGUUUAUACGCGUGACGGGGACAAUCUCAUCAUGACUUUAAAUAUCACCCUCGCAGAAGCUCUGACCGGAUUCAGAAAGACAAUCCAGACGUUAGACGGGCGAAAUCUAGCAAUCUCCUCCAAAAAUAUAAUACAACCUGACCAAGAACAAAGAUUUUCGGGCGAAGGAAUGCCCACAAAAGAUCCGAAUAGGAAAGGCGAUUUAAUUAUUAAAUAUAAGAUACAAUUCCCGACACGGUUGAGUGAAAAACAAAAGGAGGAAAUCCGGAAACUUCUCGAUACAGAAAUUGAAAGUACCCAGACUGCUACACAAGUAGGAAUAAUACAUAAAAAUAGCUUACUCGCAAAGUCACCAGAUCGUAGUCUAUUAGUCAGUUUAUUGGACUAUUAUUGUUUACAAACCGCCCCAUGA